AUGUCCCAGGAGGUCAAACACGAUGAUCGCCAGCCUUCAAGUGAGCCUGAGUUGCCUCCCUUCACCUUGAAAAACCUUUCUUUGGAUGUUUAUCAUGGUAUUAUCGCCUUAGUUGAAAGCCCGGAAACAAAUCGAGUUAUUGUACCAAUAGUUAUUACUUUGGCCUCAAUUGCAACUAAAUUUAUCAUUUCAAAAGUUCCUUAUACGGAAAUUGAUUUCAGUACUUAUAUGCAGCAAAUAGAGGUUGCAAAUGAUGGAGAAUUAGAUUAUAGUUUGAUUAAAGGUGAUACGGGGCCAGCAGUAUACCCAGCAGGUUUCAUUCAGGUAUAUCAAUGGCUUCAUUGGAUUACUGAGGAAGGCAGCAAUAUAAAAACAGGUCAAACUAUAUUUGGCUAUUUAUUUACUUUCAGUGUUUUAUUAUGUUGUGUCGCUUAUACUAUGGUGCCCAAUUGUAAACCCUGGCCAAUCUAUUUGUUACUUUUGAGUAAAAGGCUAUAUUCAAUUUAUGUUUUGAGGUUAUUCAAUGAUGUUUUCACCACCAUCAGUAUGAUUGGUGUUGUUGUGUUAUUGCAGCAAGCUUCCUAUUGGUAUAAGACUGGUGGUUCUAAAGUAAGUUUUCUUUUCACUUUAGUUGCAGCCGAUUUAUACAGUCUCGGAUUGAGUGUUAAGAUGAAUGCUUUGUUAUACUUACCUGGUUUCAUUAUAAUAGCUUAUUUUUUGGUUGGUGAGAAUAUGUUAAAAUUAUUAGGUGUUCUUUUGGUCAUACCAUUUGUUCAAGUAAUGAUAGGAUGGAAAUACUUACUUCCUUUAUUCAACGACGAAGAAGCCAAAUAUUUAAGAUGGACUUAUAUUAACCAGGCAUUCAACUUUAAAAGAAAAUUCUUAUAUAAAUGGACUGUUAACUGGAGAUUUGUUUCGGAAGAUAUAUUUUUGAAUGAUAAUUUUGCCAGAAUCUUGUUGUUCUUACACUUUUCCGUUUUGUUAAUAUUUGUAUUCACGAGGUAUUUAUCGCCAAAGAUUACUGGGAAAUCGAUUACAAACCUAGUCAAAGAUGCUCUUUGCAAACCAUUUAGUGAUACCAUUAGUACUUCUAAUAAGUUGAUAGAUUAUAACCAGGGUCCAAAACUCGUUUUAUUAAUAUUUGCAACCUCAAACUUAAUAGGUGUAUUAUUUUCGAGGUCUUUACAUUACCAAUUCCUCUCUUGGUAUUGUUGGAACUUACCCUUUUUAAUUUUUGCAACAGGAGUCAAUGCUUUUGGCGGAAUUUUCAUUUUCGUAGCGCAUGAAUGGUGCUGGAAUGUUUUUCCUUCAACAGAAUCCAGUUCUGCAUGCUUGAUUUCUAUCUUAAGUUUAGUACUUUUGGGUGUUUGGUAUAAUUUGAAAUAUUGGACAGGGGAAUCUAAUACUUUACAAGAAAAGAAAGAACAAUAG